GGAGGGGGAGACGCAAGAUGGCGGCAGCCGCGAACUCCGGCUCCAGCCUCCCGCUGUUCGACUGCCCGACCUGGGCAGGUAAACCUCCACCCGGUUUACAUUUGGAUGUAGUCAAAGGAGACAAACUGAUUGAGAAACUGAUUAUUGAUGAGAAGAAGUAUUACUUAUUUGGGAGAAACCCUGAUCUGUGUGACUUUACCAUUGACCACCAGUCUUGCUCUCGAGUCCACGCUGCCCUGGUCUACCACAAGCAUCUGAAGAGAGUGUUCCUGAUAGAUCUCAACAGUACACACGGCACUUUCUUGGGUCACAUCCGGUUAGAAGCUCACAAGCCUCAGCAAAUCCCCAUUGAUUCCACCGUGUCGUUUGGUGCAUCCACAAGGGCAUACACGCUCCGUGAGAAGCCUCAGACGUUACCAUCAGCUGUGAAAGGAGAUGAGAAGAUGGGUGGAGAAGAUGAUGAACUCAAGGGCUUACUGGGGCUUCCAGAGGAGGAGACUGAACUUGAUAACCUGACAGAGUUCAACACUGCCCACAACAAGCGGAUUUCCACCCUUACCAUUGAAGAAGGGAAUCUGGAUAUUCAGAGGCCGAAAAGGAAGAGGAAGAACUCCCGAGUGACUUUCAGUGAGGAUGAUGAGAUCAUCAACCCAGAGGACGUGGAUCCCUCAGUUGGUCGGUUCCGCAAUAUGGUGCAGACUGCUGUGGUCCCAGUCAAGAAGAAGCGGGUUGACGGCCCUGGCUCCCUGGGCCUGGAGGAAUCCGGGAGCAGGCGCCUACAGAAUUUUGCGUUCAGCGGAGGACUCUAUGGGGGCCUGCCACCCACACACAGUGAAGCAGGCUCCCAGCCACAUGGCAUCCACGGGACAGCACUCAUCGGUGGUUUGCCCAUGCCAUAUCCAAACCUGGCCCCUGAUGUGGACUUGACUCCGAUUGCACCAGCAGUGAACAUGAACCCUGCACCAAACCCUGCAGUUUAUAAUCCUGAAGCUGUAAAUGAACCCAAGAAGAAGAAAUAUGCAAAAGAGGCUUGGCCGGGCAAGAAGCCCACACCUUCCUUACUGAUUUGAUACUGUUGGUCAAGGAGAAGGGUGGGAAAGGGUGGGAAUGGGGUGGAAGGGUGCCUGAGGGAGCUAAUGAAUUAGGGAGAGAAACUUUCCGUGUGUGCAGUCCCGUCUUUCAGAACGUCUCCUGGGAUUUUAACCAUGCAAUGGUAAAGCUGAGGGUAGGGUUGAAAUACCCAUAAAGACCUGCCUUCACAACAUGUUGAUGUAGAAAAUGGUUUCUAUAUGUACUUCUGAGUAGACCUCCUUGGCUCUUCCCUAGACCUUCCAAUACUUCCUUUUUCCUUUCUCCCUCUUUCUAGGAUUAUUUUAUUCAAAGUCACAUGUCCCUGGGGAGAGGCUCCAGGCACUCCACUUGAAUCCAGAGCUACGGGGGUUUACAGUAGCCUCACCAGCCCUGUGGGUCCAGCAGGUACCCCCUCAGGUAGCAAAAGAUUGUCAUGGGUCUCAGGUUGAUCAACAAGAGGGUCUAGGAUGCUCCGGAUGGAGUUUGUUUAAACUCAGAAAAUGUUUCCCUGAGGUCAGUGGUUUUGAGGUCCAAUAAUUAGGCUUUCUCUUUUGUCCUUCCCGUUGGAAAUGAGAGCAUUGAUUUCUCCGUCUGUAACCAAUGCCGUAGAUACAGGUUGGUAGUUUUAAACUUAGAGUAUUUUUUUUAACGCUACCUGUUUUCUUGUUAAACCUGAGCACUCCACUGGCCGACUUUUCUCGUUUGAUUCAGGGGACUGUCCUCUACUCUCUAGAAUUACUUUCCUUCCCAGGUGUGUGAUGAAGGCAAUUUUCUAAGGUAUGACCGGCUAGGGCAGUUAAAGUUGACAAGGGGAAGAUUGUACUUUGCAGUGACUUGAUGCCUGGAGGUUGUUUCCGGUUGUGGCUGGAGGCUCUUUCCCCCCUCAUUGAUUGAGAGCUCCUGGACUAGACCUGGCUGGCAAGCACAGGAGACCAAGGUAGGGAAUGUUGAUAGGAGCUUGUACAGAGAUUUGUACAUUUGUGUCAUAGGCCUUUUCACGCUUUCUGUGUAGCUUUUUACCUGUCACCUUUAUUACAUUGUAAAUUAAACGUAACUUUUGUCA